AUGAGGACUUCAAUCCUGUCCAGUGCAUUUGGAUUGGCUGCACUUGCGGCUUGCCAAAACUCGACGAUUGGCUCAUCAAUUUUCGCUUCCUCCACUACUUCUCUCAUUGUGUCGAGCUCAUCGAGUUCUUCUCUCGUUUCAUCCGCCUCAACAACCAUCGCCUCUUCCAGUACUUCUUCUCCUUUGGCCACCGCAAUCACUGUUGCUCUUGAUGGUUCGGCUCAAUUCACAGCCAUCAAUGCUGCCGUCAAUGCUGCCCAAAAUAGUGGUGUCCCUACUGUCGUUGUCAAAGCGGGCACGUACUCAGAAUCUGUUGCAAUCCUUGGAAGUCAAACCGUAACGAUCAUCGGUCCAACUGCUAGCUCCGUGGCACAGAAUCAGGUCAAUAUUAUUGCAAGUGGUGCGAAUGGUGUCGUGAGCAUCACUUCAACCAAUACAGGUAUUACAUUGAAAAAUUUGAACUUGACCAACCUUGCCACAUCUGGGACUGCUCCUGCCCUAUAUGUUAGAGGCUCUAAACACGGAAUCUACAACUGUGCUUUGAUCUCAAGCAGCACUGGUCUGUACUUCUCCUCUUUCGGAACUGCCCUGAUCGCCAACAGCUACCUGGAAGGCCCUGACAAACUAUUUGCAAAUUAUCCUACUGUCUAUGUGUAUGGCUCUACUAUCGUUCCCACCGCUUCCAACGCUUUGAUUAUGUAUGGCAAAGGCUAUGCUCCUGGUACUACAACUGCCGGCAACGCUACUCUGGUAGUUGACUCCAGUUCUGUUGUUCAGAAAGCUGGAUUGAGCAACUCCUAUGUCUAUCUUGCAGCACCUAAUGCCAAUUACACCCAAGCUAUCUUCCGUAACAACAAUCUUGGAAGCUUGAUUGCGCCCAGCGGAUUCUACGUCGGCUCUUGCAACUAUGCUGCCUACUAUGGAGAUAUCUCUUCAGCGAACUCGACUCCGUCCAGUACUACCAUGUCUGUUUCCAGUUCAAUAGUAUCUCAAAAUGCUACGCCAUACACCAUCUAUAUUGAACCAGUCACUCUUAACCAAGUCAAGGACGAACAAACUCCUGUCAUCAACGCAAAGAAGACCAAUGAUAAUUCUGCUGAUUUCUACGGCAACAAUAUGGCCGCUUAUGGCUGUUCUUUCAUUGUCUUCUCGAACUGCUACGUCGAAGGCUCUAUUGACUUUAUCUGGGGAUUUGGAACAGCAUACUUCUAUCGAUCUGUUAUUGCUUCAAACACCAAAGGCGCAUGUGUCACUGCUCAAGGCCGUGUUUGUCUGGUCACAUACACCUCUACUUACGGAAACACCAGUUACGCGACGCACAUUAAUGCUGCUGAAUACAACAAUACUGGACCCGGAGCAUGGAUCUCUGGAACUGCUCGUGUUUCCUUUGCCACCAAUAUGACCGCCGAUCAGGUUGCAGGUUACAGUCUCUCAGCUUGGCCGUCCUGGAGCUUCCCUGCAAGUACAACCACUGGUAGCGCUAGCAGUACCUCUUCAGGUGUUCCUGGGCCUACCAGUACCUCAUCAGUCAAUGCUCACCCUGACAGCGGCAGUGUUCCUCCUCAGUACGCUGUCAUCGUCUCGGCUGAUGGUCAACACAAUGCUUCAUUCACAAACUUGACUGCUGCUCUUGCAUCUCUACCCAAUGAUAGCUCUUACAACGAGCAGAUUCCUUCGAUCAACCGUCCUGGUGCCAUUCGUGAUAACUCUGUAACCGUCACCUUCGCACGCGGGUUCGAUGCGGAAACUGCGACCAUUGCCACUGCAUCCAACAGAAUAUCGUUCUACAACAUCAAUUUCGUCAACUCUGAUAAUCGUGAUGGACUGGAAGCAAGUUAUGUGACGCUUGCUGCCUCGAUCUACGGUAACGACAUUGGCUUUUACGGAUGUUCUUUCCAAGGUUGGCAAGACACUCUCCUUACUGGUGCGACUACUGGCUACCAUUUCUUCAAGGGUUGCACUAUCGGUGCUAAGAGGCAAAAGUCUGCUAUGACCGCUCAGAGCCGUGCUUCUUCUUCCGCCAUUGUCUAUCUGGGUCGUCCCUACUCCGCUUAUGCACUUGUUGUGGUCAAGAACUCUUAUCUCGACGAUGUAAUCAACCCAUCUGGUUGGAAGUAUAACAAUGUUGGUCCUGGAUCUUGGGCAAACAACGUUGCUGCACGUCAAGCCUUCGGCAAUGCCACGCUCUUGACCUCUGAUACAUACACUCUAGACUCUGUGAUGGAUGAUACAGUCUGGAUCGACAAGACUUACUGGAUCUCUGGCUCAAGCUCUUACAAUGGUACCGUACCUCCUAACGGUGCUCUCAUCGUUUCGAAGAAUGCAAUUGAUGGUACCAAUGCUACUAUUUUCAUCUACCCUGGUGUCUAUGAAGAGCAAUUAACCGUCAACAAGAGCGGUACUACCAUUUUCAUGGGUUACUCGGACUCGACUGAUGACUACAGCAAAAAUCAGGUUACCAUUCAGCAGUCUUAUGAUGCCGCUACUGUCUAUGCAACUGGAAACUACUUCUAUGCCUAUAAUCAGAACAUUGCCUCCCUAGGCUUCGCAAUUUAUGGAAAUCAAGACACUUUGUACAUCUCUGGCAACAUGUUUACAUUCAAGAGUUAUAUCGAAGGAAAUGUUGAUUUCAUCUUCGGUGCUGGAUCAGGCUACUUCCUCAACUCGACUAUCUCGCCUAACGAGGAUGGUGACUCCAUCACUGCUGCCAAGCGUGCAACUAACACUACGUCUGCUGGAUUCGUCUUCGAUCAGUGUACUAUUAAUGUCUCGCUGGGGCGUCCCUGGAACAACUUUGCUCUUGGCUCGGCAGGUUGGGCUCAAUGGAGCAAGUCUUCUCCUCAGACCGAUGGUGUUACUUUUGCCGAGUACCACAACUUCGGACCUGGAAGCAACACUUGCAACCAUGUCGGUCAAUUCCAGUUGGCCAACUUCUUCCCCACCACUUCUUCAUCAUCCUCCAUACUUUCAACAACGUCAAGCAGCAGCUCCACCACGUUGCCUCUGAUCACGACCCAGGGCGAUAUCACUUCGACACUCGUUACCUAUGUCACGGAAAAUGAUGGCACCACCGUAACACCUUCGCCAAUUCUGAAAACCUCAAUUGUCAAGUCAACAGAUAUUGUCACUUCCACGACUACAAAGGCAGGAAAAACGACAACAGUAAAGUCUACCUCGGAUGUCACGAUCAAGCAGACUUCAAUCGUCUCAAGCGAAACAACAAUUGCUGGCAAGGACACUACCAUCAAGAGCACUGAAACUGACUGUUUCGCGACCACUGUCGCUGGAAAGACCUCGACGGUCAAGGCGACAAGCACUCUUCUCGUGACCUCGACCAUUGGCUCUGUAGUGACGGUCUACGAGACCUCAACAUUGAAGGCUCCAGAUGUCACCUCCUCGACCACUCUCAAACCAUCGACUGUGACUGUCUCGAGCUUCUCUGUGAAGACCACCACGAAGGGCACGACGAUCACCGCUUCUUGUGUUCCUACUGCAGCUCGUGCUGCUGGGACCACAACAAUCUUCAUCAGCACCACAUUGACCUCCUACAUCAAGACUUCGGUGAUCACCAGUGCAGGAUCGACCAUUUUCACUAGCGCAGCUACUUCGACAGUCUUGAGCACUCUACUCGCCACAUCGACAGAGCUUGUAACGGAGAGCGCAGUCGAUGCCACCGCGACAUCGAUCAUAUUCUUGGCAUACAGCACCGACAUUGCCACCGUCAGCUCGACCGAGAAGAUCUCUGCUGAUGCGGCGACCACGACACUUCCUGCAUCUACGACGACUAUCGUCAAGACUAGCUCGCUCAAGGGCAACACGAUUGAGGUUACUGUAACGCCGGCUCCUACGACAAAGACCACGACGGUCAAGAGCACAUCUACGGUUUUCACGACUGUUACAAAGACUGCGAAGAAUGCACCUGCUUGCACGGACUAG